AUGAACAGGUGUAUCCCGGCGACCCCGUGCCACUUGUCAUUUGAGAGCAGGUUUGAGAUCAAAAGGACAUGUGAGAAUCAAGGUGUGAGGGCGAGCGAGGGAUACACCGAGGGCGAGGGAGAGAAAUUUGGUUUCAGACCUGGUCGGUCCACCUCUGAUCUGCUCAUGCUUCUCACCAAGAUCUGGCAGGACACCUUGACGACUGUCGUGGUGGCCCUGGACAUAGCGGAUGCUUUCGACAGAGUUAGGCACGGUGGCCUCCUCGAGAAGCUCCGCGCUAAGGGCAUCCAAGGCGACCUCCUUCAGCUCCUGGGAGACUACCUGCAAGGAAGGACGCUCCAGGUCGUCGUUAACGGGGAGGCGUCAGAGUCCCACCCAGUGUAG